UUCGUGGCUGGUUAGACAAAACAAGACGGUGCGCUGGCGGUUGCGGGGACAAAGACGCAUCCCCUUCCAUGAAUAGUUCGGUUCGGUUUUUGCUGUCGUCGCAUUUUCCUACACGGCUGAUUUACGCGUAGUAUUUUUCUGCGGCGAGUGUGCAUCAUCCGGAGAUCGAGAGAGUGCAAAAGCAAAUAAACCGAUAGUCACAGCUGGAAAUAUUGAAUAAGCAUACCGAUGGCUGAUAAGCGGCGAUCCAAGAAACGCAAAGAUGAGUACACUGGUCCAGGUGGCGCCGACCAGGAACUCGACAAGGCCUCCAAGGACGAGUACAAGGUGGCAAAGUGGCUAAAGUCAAACGUACCGACCAAGAAGACCAAAUUUUUGAACCAUAAUGUGGAAUACUUCUCAGCAGUGCGGGCCAUCGAUGCACUGAUGACUUCAAAGUUCGCACAGGGCGACAACUGCCUGUUUCCCCACCGACAGGCGGUGCUCGAUUUUAUGGACGAAAUGUUACAUCACAAGUUUUUCCAUCGCGCCAAGAAGGUUCCAGUCAGCGAACAGGAACUCCGGGGAAAGAGCAAGAAAUCGACGGACAAGGAGAAUGAGAAGGAAAAGUCCAAGAAGGACGAAAAGGGAACGGACGGUGGCGAAAGCAGCCACGCCGAAGGUGGCAAAGGCGACAAGGCUGCGGCCGAUAAAGAGAAACGCAAACGCAAGAUAAGGCUGGAAAUGCACCCGGAGCAGUUGUUCGUCGAUGGCCACGAGGCUUAUGUCUGGCUGUUCGAUCCAAUUCCAAUGCACUACUGGAUCUUUGGUGCCCUGCUGGUUGUCGGGGCUAUUGUUAUAUGUCUGUUCCCGCUGUGGCCGCCGAUGCUGCGAAAGGGAGUCUAUUAUCUCAGCAUAGCAGCGGCUGGUUUUCUGGUGUUUAUUCUUGGUUUAGCAGUGCUUCGAUUCGUUCUGUUCUGUCUUGUGUGGAUUCUCACCGGCGGCAAACAUCACUUCUGGUUACUGCCGAAUUUGACCGAGGAUGUUGGGUUCUUCGCCUCGUUCUGGCCGUUGUAUGAUCACGAAUACAAAGACGGCAGUUCAGACAAGGAUAAGAACAAAAAGAACAAGAAGCGAAAGCGCGACAAGGAUAGUGAUGCCGAGGAUGAAGGUACUACAGCGGCUAGCAUUCCGCCAAAGAUUGAUGAAGUCAAGGAACAUGAUCCAGAUCAGAAGGAGCCGGAAUCCGAGGGGACGCAACUGCGACACCGAGGAAAGGCCAAGGCUGUCGUAGAGAAGGUAGAGGAAACGGCGCACGCUAGCGAUGGACAUGAGGAAGAAGAGGAAGAACACGGUGAUAACGAGAAGAAUUCACACUCGGAGAGCGAAUCGGAGGGCUCACAGCGGUCAUCCACCGGGAAAGAUUUCGAAAUUUUGGACCACGAUGAGGUAGAAGGAUCGUAAAACACACUGAACCCAACAGAUGCAGAUAUCGAUGAUAAAGAAGAAGACAACACUGAUAAAAAUGAUACAAACAUUUAAAAAUGGCACACUAGGUGAAAUGAUAAUACAACAAGAAAAACAAAAAAAUAUAACUGCUAUAUCAACACCCACUACACACAGCCACACUAUUAUUGUAUUUAUAAUUUAUUUGUAUUUGUUUUUUUUUAUUAGUUGCAACAAAUUGAGCGAAUAAAUUAGUACAUUAAACACUUAA